GCACUCUAAUAUGUAAACAUUGAAGUCUUAAAAAUUUGAGGGUAAAAAGUGAAAUAGAUUGUUUUAUAAACCACAGCCAUUGAAAACAUUGUAAAACAGGAAUUAGACUCUUCCCAAAAAGAAAAAACUUAUUUGAGUUGACAUCUAUAAAAGAUUUUUAGAAUGGAAGUUAAAGCUGAUAAAGAUACACUAUACAGCAGUCUACCACAGUCAGUACAAUCUAAUAGUAGUAAGAUAGGAUUGAAGGCAGUAAGAGCUGAUUUUCUGAAGAAUUUUUUAAAACAAACAGUACAUAGUGAUAAAAAGAAAGAGAAAAAUGUUCCCUUAGAACAUCUGACUGUGGUGUCUGAAGUUAUUGAAAAUCCUCCUAAGAAGAGGAAAGUAGAAAAAGGACCUAGAAAACAUAGAAAGACUAUGACACAUAAAGAGAGAAAGAAAAUGAAGUUAUUUGACAUCAAGAAAGAAGAUCAGAUAUAUGAGAAGUAUAUUCCACUACAUAAUUUAUGGAAAGAUUAUAUUUCUGAUUUGCUAUAUUCUGGAGACAAGGAGAAAUCUGAAGGAAUAUUAACAAAUGAUGCUCAGAAAUUAUUAAAAGCUGAUUUACAUGGAGCUAUUAUAACUGUCAUCAAGUCUAGAUGUCCUUCAUAUAUUCACACUACUGGUAUACUACUACAAGAAACUAGAAAUACCUUUAACAUAAUUACCAAAAAUAAUAAGAUUAAAUGCAUACCAAAACUACACAGUAUAUUUACAAUAGAAAAUGCAGGAAUACUCUAUACAAUAUAUGGCAACCAAUUCAAAGUCAAGUCAAGUGAAAGAUCUAUUCGUAAAUUCAAAACAAAAGCAACUUUAGAUUUGUGAUAUUUUGAUCUUUUCUGUGUAACUUUAUUAAAGAAUUGAAUGC